AUGAUCAAAUUCAACCAAGCCCAACUCUUCACAUUUCUUUGCUUCUUUUUCAUCUUGUUUUCUCCCUUGGUACGAGGAGACUGCACAUGUGAACCCGAGGAUGAAGAUCGGAACAAGCCACUAGCUUUGAAAUACAAGAUGGCCGCUAUAGUUUCGAUUCUUGUAGCUGGAGCCAUCGGUGUUUGUUUUCCGCUACUAGGGAAAACUAUCGACGCUUUACGUCCUGAAAAGGACAUUUUCUUCGUCAUCAAAGCUUUUGCGGCCGGUGUCAUAUUGUCCACUGGGUUUAUCCAUGUUCUCCCCGAUGCUACUGAGAACUUGACAUCUCCUUGCCUCAAUCAAAACCCUUGGGGGAAGUUUCCUUUUGCUGGAUUAGUCGCGAUGGUAUCCGCAAUUGCUACGUUGUUGGUAGAUACGUUUGUCACUUCUCAUUACACCAAGUCUCACCUAAAUAACACCCAACAGGGCCAUGGCGACGAAGAGAAGAAAACAAAGGAAAAUGAAAUAGAUGUUGUACAUGUUCAUGCUCAUGCGAGUUCAAUUUCGGGUUCAACUCAGCUUCUCCGAUACCGAGUAGUAUCACAGGUUUUGGAAUUGGGAAUAGUAGUGCACUCUGUGAUAAUAGGGAUAUCUUUGGGUGCUUCUGAAAGUCCCAAGACUAUAAAACCAUUGGUGGCUGCACUCACUUUUCAUCAGUUCUUUGAAGGCAUGGGACUCGGUGGAUGCAUUUUGCAGGCACGACACAGGGCUCGAUCUGUGGCGAUUAUGGUACUGUUUUUCGCAUUGACGACGCCGGUGGGAAUUGGAAUAGGAAUAGGAAUAUCAAAUACAUACAAUGAGAACAGCCCGACGGCAUUAGUUGUGGAAGGGAUGUUGAAUGCCGCAUCGGCGGGGAUCUUAAUAUAUAUGGCGCUGGUGGAUCUUUUGGCUGCUGAUUUCAUGAACCCAAAGUUGCAAAAUAAUGGAAAAGUGGGUGCAAGCGCCGGUGUUUCCCUUCUUCUUGGCUCUGCUCUAAUGUCCCUUUUAGCUGUGUGGGCUUAAAACUUGUAUACUACAA